AUGAAUAAUGUUUCAAAUUUAACAUCAUCAUCGAGUACCAUCAAACCAACACCAUACAGGGUUCAAAAUUAUUUGGUCAUCUGGGUUGAUGGUAAUAUUGAUCAAGCAAGUCAAGAUUGUCAAAAUACAAUGGCAGAAUUGCGCAGUAUCGUCAAAGAGGUUAAUGUCUGCACGACUUCAGCACAAUGCAUUGAAAUUCUCGAUGAUUUGGAUGAUGAAAAAGCUUUUGUCAUUUCCUCGGGCGCAUUAGGACAACGUCUCGUGCCAGAUAUUCAUCGCAUGCCACAGUUAGAUACUAUUUACAUCUUUUGUUCCAACAAAGCAUGGCAUGAACAAUGGGCAAAACAAUGGCCAAAAAUUCAAGGUAUCUUCACGUCAAUAACACCAAUAUGUGAUUCAUUAAAACUAAUUAAUUGUGAAAAGAAUACAUUUACAUUCAUGGAUUAUUAUUUGAGUAAAUUGCCAGGUGUUGGCAGAUUUACUGGACCACGACAUUUUCAAAUCUUGAAGAAUUAUGCACCAUCAUUGACGUUAUUUGGUGCAGCAGCUCUUAUCUAUUGUCUUUAUAUAACCGAUUGGAAAGUAACUAAUACAAGAAUUCCAAUUUAUGGUCGUAAAUUUGAUGAAAUGAAACGAGUAGCGAUGAUUGAUAAACAUGGACAAAAAGCUGUUGAUGAAGGAACUGCUUCAGACGAUUAG